AUGACUUGGCCGCACGGCCAAAAGUCCGCAAGGACGAUCCUUCUUUUCCUCUCCUUACUGCCCAUCGCAAUCGCGCAGCAAUGGCAACACAACCCGCAACCGUUCGUCAUGUCGCCGGUCAAGCCAAGCGCCCCCAACUCAAUGGCCGAGGAUUGGGUGAAAAUGUCGAAGGAACAGUCGCAAGAGCCAGUUAUCGACCGGAUUGUCCGCGCAAACGCUCCACAGGAAGAUACGAAUCUACCGUUCAAUCCAUCGCUAAGGUUGAGAGAUGGAGUUUGGGAAGACGAAGGUCCUUUGUGGUUCAAAGAGCUCAGCCCCAAGCCGAAUCGACCGCCGGUUGCGCAGGCCGCUCCGUUGUUCACUCAACGGCUUGAUGGUGAUAUUAACGCGCAAUACAGGCCGCCGCAGCCACCUCCGGCUGUUUAUGAUGCACCCCCUCCGCAAUCAAUUGUAAGUGAAGUAUAGCGCUUCAUGGUACUAGGAAUGGCUAGAUAGAUAAAAAAAUCAUGCAUCAUUUUUGAGACAGAGGUAGCAUAAAGACUCUCAAGGACUCAAACCUUAUCAAAUUCUAAAAAUAUUUAAAUUUAGAAGCCGUUUUUUAUCUAGAACCGCAUUUUUGCUUGAAAUCUUGCUAAGGUAGCUUGAAUCCUUCGUUAUUCUCAAAUUAUUCUCUUUUACGGCUGUUACACAUUCCAUAAAUCCAUUUAUAAUUUCAGAGCCCCACUUUCCAACAGCCUUAUCGCCCAACCAACCAGCAAUACCCAGCGCAGCCGCUGGUCAACGGCCCUCAAGGCCCGGAGCUAGCCAAUCCCUACCGCUCCCCGCCCGCACCGCCACAACUCGGCUUCUACUCGCCGCAAGGCCAACAAGGCACUCGCAAGCCGGUUUUCCUCGUCUCAGGAAGCCCCCGACAGCCCGCUCAGUUCUAUCAACCACAAGCCCAACAGCCAAGAGCUGAAUAUUUCGGCCCUCCCCAGGGCAGUGUAACAGAAUAUCCAUCGCCAAAUCCAGUGACCAGAAGUCCGUACGACACUUCAAAUGAAUACCACAAGCCGUCGUAUCCUAGUGGGCCAAACGGUAAGAAUUUUUGAUUUUUUUGCCAUGUUUUUUAUUAUUUUUUGUUUGAAUUUUUAAUGCAUCGGUUGCAUUCUUCCUUCAUUUUCAUAAAAAACGAAGCCUCGUCGAAAACCGAAAUCCGACAAAGUCUUGAUUCGCAUCUGAUCAGAUAAUCCGAGAAUUUUGAAUGCAAAAAACAAUUUCGGCAAGGAUUCUCACACUUUAGAUAAAACAAAAAAGAAUGUUUAACCCGUCUAAACUCACAAUGACUUAAACCGUUACAGGCGUUCCAAACCGUCACCCACCUGCAAACGUUCCACCAGCGAACUACGAAGAAAAUCAGCCACAGAGUCCAAAUCAGCCACAGAGUCCAAACCAACCACAAAAUCCAAACCAGCCCGAAGAAAGUAAAGAAUGCGCUCCUGAAGGCGAGAAUGGAUAUGAAGGACCAAGUGGAGGAAACAACUGCGCUCCACAAGGACCUACAGGACCGGGAGGACCAGCUGGGCCGGGAGGACCACAAGGUCCAGGAUUCCCGUCCGGACCUGGAUUCCCUAGCGGUCCAGGAGGACCGCAAGGACCCGGCUUCCCGUCAGGACCAGGAGGACCUCAAGUUCCCGGAGGACCCCAAGGACCACAAGGACCAGGCUUCCCAUCAGGACCAGGAUUCCCGUCAGGGCCUGGAUUCCCAAGUGGACCAGGAGGACCUCAAGUUCCCGGAGGGCCGCAGGUACCAGGAUUUCCCUCAGGACCAGGAUUCCCUAGCGGUCCAGGAGGACCACAAGGACCACGCUUCCCAUCAGGACCGGGAUUCCCGUCCGGACCAGGCUUCCCAUCCGGACCAGGAGGACCCCAAGUUCCCGGAGGACCCCAAGGACCGCAAGGACCAGGUUUCCCGUCCGGUCCAGGAUUUCCGAGCGGACCAGGUGGACCCCAAGUUCCCGGAGGACCGCAAGGACCACAGGUGCCAGGACAACCCCAAAUUCCCGGACAGCCUCAGAUUCCCGGACAACCCCAAUUUCCAGGAGGACCACAAGGACCAGAACGACCGGAGUCGUGCCGGCCAGGCGAGGCAUGGAAGCCAGGACCACCAGGUCUACCUCCUUCGCCGUGCCCAGGAUUUCCAGGAGGCCCUGGUGGCCCACCACCACCUCCUCCACCUCCACAAUUGCCUGGAGGACCCCAACAGCCACAAAUUCCAGGCCAACCACAGAUUCCGGGACAACCACAAGUACCUGGACAGCCUCAAGUACCUGGACAGCCACAAAUUCCCGGACAGCCUCAGAUUCCCAGACAACCUCAACUUCCAGGAGGACCACAACCACCUCAGAUUCCGGGACAACCACAGAUUCCUGGACAACCACAAGUUCCUGGAGGACCACAACCACCUCAGAUUCCAGGCCAACCACAAAUUCCUGGCGGACCACAAGUUCCUGGAGGCCCUGAGCAGCCGCACAUUCCAGGCCAGCCUCAAGUCCCUGGAGGGCCUCAGGGCCCAGAAAGACCACAAAUUCCUGGACAACCACAGGGACCUGGAGGGCCUCAGCAGCCACAAAUCCCCGGUCAACCCCAAGUGCCAGGUGGUCCACAAGGACCCCAGGUUCCUGGACAGCCCCAAAUACCUGGACAACCACAAGUACCCGGAGGACCACAGCAGCCUCAAAUUCCCGGAGGACCUGAGAGGCCACAAAUUCCGGGCCAGCCACAAAUUCCUGGCGGACCACAAGUUCCUGGAGGCCCCGAGCAGCCGCACAUUCCUGGCCAGCCUCAAAUUCCUGGCCAACCGCAAGUACCUGGCGGUCCUCAACAACCGCAAGUUCCCGGUGGACCCCAAGGACCACAAAUUCCUGGACAGCCCCAAAUCCCAGGACAACCACAAGUACCCGGAGGACCACAGCAGCCUCAAAUUCCCGGAGGACCUGAGAGGCCACAAAUUCCGGGCCAGCCACAAAUUCCUGGCGGACCACAAGUUCCUGGAGGCCCCGAGCAGCCGCACAUUCCUGGCCAGCCACAAAUUCCCGGACAACCUCAGGUGCCCGGCGGACCACAACAACCUCAAGUUCCAGGUCAACCACAAGGACCUGAAAGGCCACAAAUUCCUGGAGGACCUCAGGUGCCGGGUGGGCCUGAACAGCCGCAUAUUCCUGGACAACCGCAAGUACCCGGCGGACCUCAACAGCCACAAGUUCCCGGCCAACCACAGGUUCCCGGACAACCUCAUGUUCCAGGAGGGCCACAGCAGCCACAAAUCCCUGGACAACCUCAGAUCCCAGGUCAACCUCAAGUUCCAGGAGGACCCCAAGGACCCCAGAUACCUGGUCAGCCCCAAGUUCCUGGGGGACCACAACAACCUCAGAUCCCUGGACAACCUCAGGUCCCAGGUCAGCCUCAAAUACCAGGAGGUCCUGAGAAACCACAGGUCCCAGGCCAGCCACAAGGACCUGGAGGACCAGAGCAACCCCAAAUUCCUGGACAACCCCAAAUCCCAGGUCAACCUCAAGUUCCUGGAGGGCCUCAGCAGCCACAGAUUCCCGGCCAACCCCAAAUUCCUGGACAACCACAAGUUCCUGGCGGACCUCAAGUACCCGGCGGGCCAGAACAGCCUCAUAUUCCCGGCCAACCUCAAGUUCCCGGAGGACCUCAAGGUCCAGGAGGACCCGAGAAACCGCAGAUUCCUGGCCAGCCACAGGUACCUGGCGGACCACAAGGGCCCCACAUCCCUGGUCAACCUCAAGUUCCAGGAGGACCUCAGCAGCCACAAAUUCCCGGCCAACCCCAGGUUCCUGGACAGCCACAAGUUCCUGGCGGACCACAGCAACCCCAGAUUCCGGGGCAGCCACAAAUUCCUGGACAACCUCAAGUUCCAGGAGGACCUCAGCAACCUCAAAUCCCUGGUCAGCCUCAAAUUCCUGGAGGACCAGAGAGACCACAGGUUCCUGGACAACCACAACGCGAAAGACCAAGUCCAUUUAUUCCGGGUCCUGCUUUCACAACUCCAUCGCCCUUCCCAACAUUGAUUCCGACUGCCCCACGGAGCGAAUUCACAACGCCAUCUCCAUUUGGACCUGGUCCAAGUCAACCAGAGAGACCGUCGCCGUUUGGGCCUUCUCCUGGCCAGCCCGAGAGGCCAUCGCCGUUUGGGCCUUCUCCAGGACAGCCAGAGCGACCUUCGCCUUUCGGACCUACUCCAAGUCAGCCAGAAAGACCCUCUCCAUUCGGGCCUUCUCCUGGUCAGCCUGAGAGGCCAUCGCCAUUUGGGCCAUCUCCUGGCCAGCCUGAAAGACCUUCGCCAUUUGGACCAACCCCCGGACAACCGGAAAGACCGUCUCCUUUCGGCCCCUCUCCUGGUCAACCUCAACGUCCAUCGCCAUUCGGACCAACCCCCGGCCAACCUGAGAGACCUUCGCCAUUCGGGCCUUCUCCCAGCCAGCCAGAAAGGCCUUCGCCAUUCGGUCCUUCUCCUGGACCGGAAAGGCCAUCUCCAUUCGGACCAACCCCCGGACAGCCUCAACAACCAACCCGUCCUGGAUUCCCAAGCCAACCUCAAGGUCCACAAAUCCCUGGUCAGCCACAGAUCCCAGGUCAACCGCAAAUUCCGGGACAGCCACAAAGACCCGGAGGACCUCAACAACCACAGAUCCCCGGCCAACCCCAAGUUCCUGGACAACCACAAGGUCCUCAGCCGCCUUUGUUCCCAGGCCAGCCCCAACAACCCACCGGGCCACAACAACCUUCUCUUCCAGGUCAACCACCACUUCCAGGACAGCCCCAACCGCCGCAGGGACCCACUCCGCCGCAAGAACAACCGCCACUUGCUCCUCCUGUCCAGCCAGUUCCACCACCAGGAGAAAGACCGAAAGAGCAGGUUCCAAAUAGAGUUAGAGGUAGGAUUUGAGGUUUUUCGCUUUUUUUAAAGGUUUUUGAGGCCUAAUGUUGCGAAAUGUCACAGGAAUUAUUGAUUCCGAAUAAUGUUUUUCAGGAAAAGCCCGCGUAAUUUGUGAAGAAAACGGCAUCGACUUCGGCGUGAACACAAUCUUCCCCUUCACCGGCGAAAUCUUUGCCAACGACAAGAAACGCGUCCCCUCUUGUGUGCACACCUUCAAAGAGGCCCUCAACAUCAACGUCUCAUUCUCCUAUCAAGAAUGCGGAGUGCCGAACCCGGGCCACUUCAACGGAAGCGUGGAGGCGCCUUCUCACAUGCAAAUCAUUGUCAUGUUCCAACAACCGAACGGAGAGACGUCCAUUCAAAGCUACAUCGCGCAAUGUGCCCAACAGAGGAUCAAGUAUAAGAAGCAGGAGAUUCCGAAGCGAAUCGACGAGGCUCUGGAGGAGUUGCACUUCACUCCGACAAAGUUGGAGCAAAAGGCCGCGACUCCGGAGUGCGAAAUGAAAAUUGUGACGGACUUGGAGCAUCACAAGGAUGGCGAUGGAACCGAAGUGGAUCGGGUCGACGUUGGGCAACCGUUGAGGCUGGAAUUCUCGUUGAACCCGGAGUCGGGUAAGGCUUAUUGCUAAUGAAAAUUUGUGUUUAUCGUGGGGCGCUAGGGACGCCUCAAUGCUAAAAAAAAUCCAAAACAAAACAACUUUUUUCCAGACGCCUACGGUCUUCUUGUCCGCAACUGCAUCAUUCGCGACUUGGUGACCGGCGAUGAGCAUCCCGUGAUUGACAAUCAAGGCUGCUCAACAGAUUUGAACAUCAUCGGACAUCCGCAUUACGACACCUAUCACGACGUGGUCCGAGCUCCAUUGAGCGCCUUCAAACUCCCCGAUCACACACGUUUCAGCAUCCGAUGUGAGAUGCAGGUGUGCUCGGAUAUUCCGGACGAAAAUGGAGUCAAGGGAUGCGAUGACAUCAUGACGGUGAGAGUUUAGGAAAUUUCGAAAAAAAGAGGAUCUUUUCGAAUUUUUGGGGACAACGUUUGGCUCAAAUUUAGAUGAAAAUUUUCAAAGGCAAAUUCUAGAUUUGCAACCGGCCUUUUGCGAAGGAAAUAAUGAGAUUUUUAGCUUUGAAAAUCUCAAAUUCUCCCGUUUAUUUUGGAGUAUCAACUGAGCAUUUUUCUAACCAUUUUUUUGCAGCCUCCCUUCUGCCCCGAUAUCAUCACUUCCCCGCAAAAUUCGGUUCUUUUCGAUGGCCGCUCCAACAACCUCCGGCGAUGGAGACGAAAUCUGGUGGACCAGGAGACCGCCGAAAUCACCGUAAAAACCAACCCGCACAAGAGUUUGCAAAUGAAAAAGCCGGCGGUGUUCGAAAUGGAGGUCCAAGCGGAUCUAUGCUUGGCCAACAAGGAUGACCCCAAAUGCUCGAAAGAAACGAGAAAGGAAGCACGAGAACGUCAGCAGGAGAAGGGUAAGUCAUAAAAAUAAAAAAAAAAUCAAAAAAUUUUUUUUUCUUCUAUAACGCACAGUGCGUUAUAGAAAGGGCGGCAAAUGCACUGUGCGCGCGACAACAAGUCUACGAACUUUUUGGAAAAGCGUAGUAAUCUGCUUUACUCCCCGCUUUAUAGUCGAGAUUCUUCCACUAUAAAGUUCUGCACUUGUCAAAAAAGUUUAAUCCACCCCCGAAAACCCCUCGAAUAUUUUUGCGUUUAAUUCCGUUCUUUCAGCAGCCAAAUCCCACUACCCGCACUGCGUGUCGAAGGUUUGGAUGGCGGUGAUCAGCGGCUUCUCGGUGUGGACCUUUUUCAUCGCCCUCGGCUUUCAUCUGUAUCUCGCGUUAAGAUCGUCGCGUUUCCUUUGA